CGCGCAGCCGGGAGCAGGCGGCGGAGCCCAGGCUGCCGCCCCGCGCAGAGGACCCGGGCGGGACGAGCGGCCCCGUCCCAGGGCCGUCUCACCGGCUGCCCCCCGCCGCGCGGCCCAGCCAUGUGAUGCCGGAGGAGCGCGGCGAUGAUAUGGAAUGUGGGCGGCCGCCUUUGGACGCGCUCCGACAGGUGACCAUCCAGCGCCACCCCCUCUACGGAUUCGGCUUCGUGGCCGGCAGCGAGAAGCCCGUGGUGGUGCGCUCGGUGACGGCAGGCGGCCCCUCCGAGGAGAAGCUCCUGGCCGGAGACCAGAUCUUGGCCAUCGAUGACGAGGACGUGAGCGAAGCCCCCCGUGAGCGGUUCAUCGAGCUUGUCAGGAGCGCCAAGGAUUUCGUGGUCCUCACCGUCCUGCACGCCCACCAGUCCCCCAAAUCUGCUUUCAUCAGCGCAGCCAAGAAGGCGAAGCUGAGGUCCAACCCGGCGAAGGUCCGAUUUUCCGAGCAGGUCACGGUCGGCGAGACGGACCCAGACAUGUUGAAGAAGGAAGCUCUCCUGCUCAUUCCCAACGUGCUGAAGGUUUUCCUGGAGAACGGGCAGAUCAAGUCCUUCACGUUCGAUGGCCGAACCACGGUGAAGGACGUGAUGGUGACGCUGCAGGACCGUCUCUCGCUGAGACACAUCGAGCACUUCGCCCUGGUCCUGGAGUAUUCCAGCCCGGAGCAGAGCCACCGGUUCCUGCUUCUCCAGGACAAGCAGCCUCUGGCCCACGUUGUGCAGAGGACGCACUACCAGGGCAUGAGAUGCCUCUUCCGCGUGAGCUUCUUCCCCAAAGACCCCGUGGAGCUGCUGCGCCGGGAUCCUGCGGCAUUUGAGUACCUGUACAUCCAGAGCCGCAACGACGUGAUCCGAGAGCGCUUCGCCAUGGACCCCAAGCCGGAGAUGCUGCUGGGGCUGGCCGCCCUCCACAUCUACAUCACCGUCUCGGCCACCCGGCCCAGCCAGAAGGUCUCCCUCAAGAACGUGGAGAAGGAGUGGGGCCUGGAGCCCUUCCUGCCGCCCUCGCUCCUGCAGCUCGUCAGGGAGAAGAGCCUGCGCAAGUCGCUCUCGCAGCGCCUGAAAGCCCACCAGAGCCAGCCGCCCGGCGGCCCCAAGGUCUCGGCGGUGCAGGCGAAGCUGCAGUACCUGAGGAUCCUGAACGAGCUGCCCACCUUCGCCGGAGUCCUCUUCAACACCGUGGGGCUGGACGAGAAGCAGCCAGCCACCACGCUCCUGGUGGGCCCCCGCCACGGCAUCAGCCACGUCAUCGACCUGAAGACCAACCUCACCACGGUGCUGUCGGAGUUCAGCAAGGUCAGCAAGAUCCAGCUGUUCCGGGAGAACCAGGGGGUGGCCCGGGUGGAGACGAGCAUCCUGGACGCCAAGCCACUGGUGUUGCUGAUGGAGUGGCCUGAAGCAACCAACUUUGCCUGCCUGAUUGCAGGCUACUGCCGUCUCUUGGUGGACUCCAAGAAGAUGAUCUUCUCGAGGCCUCCCAGCCAGCCGCCACCUCCUCAGAUUAUCAAGGCAGAUUACAUCAGCGCACACAACCUGCACCGGCCCGCCGCAGCGGGGCACGCGGGGAAGAAAGAGAGCGGGCUCGUGGGUGGCACUGCCUCCAGCCCCGGAGAAGCCAGGGCUCGGACUGCCAGGGCUUCGGACUCGGAGCUCGUCAGCUUUUGUUACCUGCACAUGCGAGAGCAGAGGAAGGAGAGAGAGAGCAGGACAGAUAUCAAUGAGAACCUAAUAUUUUUUGAGGAAACUCGUCCCAGGACCAAAUCUGACCCCACCUCCAAAAGCUCUGGCCAAGGCUAUGAUGGUGUUGCAAACGAGUACAACCCGGAUGGCCUUGACCGAGACCACCGUGCAGGUAGGGCCAGGGCCCACACCAUCGACACCCACUUGAGGAGCGAUGCCUCACAAUUUUACUGUGAUUCCUGCAAAGCCAAAAUCAAGAGCCGGCUGGCCUCGCGGAAGGGCAGCAAGCCUGGCAGCGCCCAUGACAACAUGGUGGACUUGAUGUCCCUUCCCCCUCCUGGGAGCGAUGAAGAAGAAGAUGAGACGACCUCCCUGCUCCCUGCCAUCGCUGCCCCCCCUCCUGGCUUCCGAGACAACAGCUCGGACGAGGAUGACCCCAAGCGCCGGGCGGCUGCCCAGAGCCAGGAGCAGGGCCGGCACCUCUGUGGCCUCCUGUAUGAUGAGAUCCCCGUGACGCUGAUAGACAGUGUGCAAACACGGACAGUCCGAGAUCAUGCCCAGGAGCUGGAUGAUGCUCUGGUGUCCACCCUGCAGGCUCUGGAAGCCCUGGCUGCUUCAGAGGAUUGUCCACAUCCCCCACCACAGCAGACAGCAGGUCUUAUUGUCCUGGCUGCCAUCACUCCUGAGUCAUCUUUGGAUUCUGGCCACGAAACCAACUCUUCGGAGCUAACUGAUGUCUCAGAGAUGGUCUCUGCUAUGAAGCAGCAUCAGAAUGCAGCCUACUUCCUUGCACAGCACAUCAACAAAGAAAACCUCCUGGCAAGAAAGGACUUGCCUUUCCGAAUCCAGAGCUGUGCUGCCCAAGCUGUUCUCACCUCGCCCUACGCCCUCAGCCAGCAGGAGCCAAGCCCUUCGCUGAAGCCAGAUUUCUCUCACCAAAGCCCCACUCUUAACAAUUGCAAGAGCAAACAGGAGCAGCAGCAUGUUGAGCGGAGCUACAGCUCAGCUGUCCAGCCAGUGCUGUCCCCCCAGCUCCAUGAGCAGAACAGCGGGGCUCCAGUGCCACCUUCUGAAUGCAAAGGUGCUGGCCAUGCAAAAGCUGCCUUUGAAGUAUCUCUGCACUCCACAGCAGCCUUGAGUGGAGAGCAGGCACAGGAUUUGCGAGAGACAAUUCCCAAAGAUGUCCGGCUGAGCACCAGGCUCCUCUUGGAUCAGAAAAGUGGUGUAACCCCAGUCCUCGUUACAGCUGCUCUGCAGCAAGUGGCAAAUGUGAAAGGUUCAGUUUCCCAAGUGGUAGCAGCUCCAAAAGAAGACAAGAACAUCGAUGGGACCAGCAGCUUUGCAUCAUCCAGCAGCAAGCCCUUGAAACUUAAAGGAGGUCAACAAACUGAAGACACAUUAUGCAACUGCCAGCAGCAGCAGCUCUUGCAGCAGCAGCAUAGUGAAGUUUCUGCAAGUCCAAAAGAAGCUCCUGGCAGUAGGGCUGACACUUCCCACCUUGCCUUGGCAGAUGAGGAAAUGAUGCUUAGUAAGACUUUUCCCUCUAAAAGCUACCAGCAAAAAGUGAGUAGAGAUCCCCUAGGAAAAUGUCCGAGUGGAGAGCCAGGUCAGAAGGCAGAAGCAGAAGCCACAAACCUUGUCUUUCAGAGACAUAUGGCUCCUUCAAACCUAGGAGAGAAAAUGCAACAGGAAAAUUCAGCCAAAAGUUUAAAAGUUGAGAGUGGUAGUCUUCACUCUCCAUCACUCGGUAGCACUUUCCGGAGCACCAGUGAGGAUCCCAAGGGGCCAAUCCAGCUGGUGCCCAGGCCUGAGAGCCUGCAGAUCAGCACUGUGCCUUCCAAAAAAGUAGAAAAAGUCCUGGAGGUGACACAGCAAGAUGUUGAUGUCCCAGCUAAAGCCAAAGCUCCAAAAGCUCCCUUCAGGUUGAGGAACCUGUUCUCUGCAACGUUUCCUACACGGCUGAAGAAAGAGACUGAUGAGCGGCAGGCGCAGCUGCAGAAGGUGAAGCAAUAUGAGCUGGAAUUCCUUGAAGAGCUGCUCAAGCCAAAGGGUAAAGGUGACCUCCCACCUCAGGAGUAUCUGCAUCCUCCUGCCCCUGGGCGCUGCAGCUGCCAGCUAAGGAGCAGUCCUGUGCAAAAAGUCCCAGGUAUGUCCAGGGAGCAAAGACGCAGCUGUGACUGCAAACGGAUUUGCAGGGGGGUGAGGCCACCGCCUAACCAGCUGGUGAGGCCAGAACUGGAGAGGCGAGAGAGAGAGAAAGCUACUGAUGACCAGAAGCAGGCAGAAACAAUUCGGUUGACAAGCAUGAGCAGCCCUUCCAAGGGCAAGCGGAUACGAUCUACAAGUUUAGAGUCCAGAGAUUACCGGUCAGAUCCAGAGAACAGCGUGUCAUGUUUGACCACGUGCACUUCCCGGGGGGAAUGCAUGGGUGCACCACACUACAAGAAGCUCUUGCGUCGCUACAGUGUCAGUGAAAUAGAUAAAACUGAUAGGACAUCCCUCUCCUCUGACAUCUACCAGAACAUCUAUACCGUAAAGCAGAAAGGCCUCCAGAAAGAGCCUGAGCCCAGCACCUAUGGCUCUGUUCUGAAAAGCAAAAUGCAGGAAGCCUCUGGAGUGGCUGAUCCAUCUUACGUCCAAAUAGCACAGGAGAAAAAGAACCAGAAAGGUUCAGCAUUAUUCUCUGUCCAGGAGGAUAUGUAUCCAAGUCCUGCUGAGCUGCGAGAUGAAGAUAUGGAGGAUGAGAAGUGUUGCUCUAUCCGGUACUGCUUCUACUACAGAAAAUGUGAUGUUGCGGAUGACGGGAGUGAGAAGGAUGAGCUGUCCUAUUCCAUUCCCAUGCAGAUACUCCCAGGAAUGAAGCUGGACAAUCAGAUGGUCCCAGUCAUGAGCAGGACCCUUCAGGUUCUAGAUGCAACAGCCUGCAGCAGUCCCAAUGGUAGUCAAACCCAGGAAAUAGAUUUAAGGACCUCCACUUUUGAAGGGAGCCUGGCAAAAAUCAACACCCUUCGAGGCCAUGCCUACAGCUUGCCAGAUGGGUUUCUGCAAGUGCAGCUGGACACCAAUGAGCUCCUGAGUAUCCUAAGGCAGUGUGUGGUGAGCCCUGAGGUCCGGGACUGCAAACCUUAUAUCUCCCAGCUGGCUGAAUACAAGCAAGAACUCGCCCUCAAGUUCAAGGAGUUCCGGGCAUCCUGCCGCCGCGUGGCAGCUGUUGACAAGAGUCCUACUCAUAUGCUCUCUGCCAUCACAAGCAGCUUCCAGGUGCUAAGCAGCCUCAUUGAGACAUUUGUGAGGCUGGUGUACAUCGUGCGCUCGGAGUCCCAGCGCCAAGAGCUGCUGACCAAGGUGGAGGAAGUGGUGAGAAACUACACCUUCCUCCUGCGGGCGGCAGAAGAGUCCACGGCUAGAACGCUGAGCCAUCAGCAGACGGUGGAGCAGCUAGCUCGCCAGUCAGCCACGGUCGCCACUGUUAUGAGCACGCUCACACGCUCCCUGAAGACACUGAUCAAUAAAUGAAUGUAAAAUGACUCCUAAUUGCUUUUCGUCAUACCCUGAGGUUCCCUCCUCCUCCCAGUGUAGCUUCUCGACCUAACGAAUCAGACCGCCUUAACUGGUGCUUCAGAGCACUUACCCACCCUCCAAAACAGAGCGAGGAGCAAAUGCAAGAUUACGCAUUCAGCCCUUACUGUGCCACUCACUGCACUUCAUCCACACCUGGGGAGAACAGGCCGCGCGGGGAUCUCUUGUGUCGCUCCCCAGCGCACCCAUAUCCAAAAGGGAGAUCACGGCAUUCACCUUAGGGGGCCAGAUAUCCAAAAAAAAAAGAAGAGAAAAGAUGUCACGCUCUGCCGGCUUGCCCCGUUGCUGGUUGAGCGCAAGGAGCUGAUCAGGGAUCUCCGUACGAUCAGUCACCUCCCAUCUCUAUUAUUUUUUAUAAAAUACGCACAUUUGAAAUCUCUUGUUCUUCCAUAAGAGUUAUGGAAAUGCACAAUGUGCUUUUAACAUGCGCAUCCUCUACUGAGUGCAAUAACAUACCCUGGCCCGUGGCUGUCCCGGACUUUGGCCGUUGCUGUCAGCGAGGCGGAGAGGAUCUUGCUAUGUGGACAGAGCAUCCUCUCACCUCCUGCUUUCAAGAACCAUGUAGCAAAUAUACACUGGAAGAGCCAAUUCGGAUUUCAGUCCAUGGUGGGCAAAGCCUGUUAUAGUGCUGAAGGCCGACAGGGAGCUGUGUUUUUCUUUUCCUGUGAAUUAUCUAUUAAGAAACUAUGAGUUUCCUUGAGCUCCCCGUUAUGCCUGUAUCAUUCCUCCAUAACUCUCUCAGUCUAAUACAGAGGAAAAUUUUUUUAUUGCCUGUAUAUAGUAUAUAUAAAUAAAAAUAUAUAAAUUAUAUAUAUAUAUACACAAAUUUAUGUCUUGUUUUACAAACAAGAAAGAUUAAAUAUAUUAAUCUUAAUAUCCAAA